AUGAAUAAGGAUAGGAUGAGAAGCCAGCAACGAAAACCCAAACAAGGUAUUCGAAUUGAAGAGAAGAAGUGGAUUCUUAAACCUUAUGAUGAAGAGAACCAAAGCCUUCCCCCGCAGCAACAACUAAAUAACAUAUCAGAAUUCAUUCAACCUUCUUUAGAAUCAGCUCGAAAGCAUCCAAAGUCUAAUAAUGGGUUUGAUCCAAAUCAUCACCCCCAUGUUAUGGAAGAAACAAGAUCCAAAGUUGCUUUUAAAAAAGAAAAGCAGGAGGAGAAAGUGCGAGAAAGUGAGAAAUCUAAAGAUAAAGUUGAUGAUAUUCGUAGCCGGUUAGAAGAUAUUAGACUGGUAGCCGAAGAACCCAAAUUGUCAGAAGAACAACUUAGAGUUAAUGAUAAGUUGCAGGAAGAGGAGAUACUAGCAAUGGAGGCUAUAUACCGUGAAAAUAUCAUUGUACUUGACAGAGAAGACGGGUUACGGGCUUUCCAGAUAAAUAUACAUAUCGAAGUUCCUGAUAAACUUGUAAUGUCUACUAAGAUUGGCUCAUUAUGUGGAGAAGCCGAAUCUGCUGGAGUGGGCAGUGAAGCAAAGGCCAUAGCUGAUAAUCCAAACCGAUUCUUUUACUCCUUCAAAGUUCAGUGUCUUCCCCCAAUCGUAUUAACAUGUUUACUACCCAAGGCAUACCCUAGCCAUUCUGCUCCUUUUUUUACCAUCUCUGUUCUAUGGAUGAAUGUUACGAGAAUAUCUAGCUUGUGUCAAAUGUUGGAUACGAUUUGGACGGAACAAUCAGGGCAGGAAAUUGUUUAUCCAUGGGUGGAUUGGCUUCAAAAUUCAUCUCUCUCCUACUUAGAGUUUGAUAAUAUAAUACCGCUUGAUUCAUUUGAAAAGGCAGAUAAUGCUGGAGAUAGACGUGCUGUUUCAGAAAGUGUCUCUCCAGAAGUUGAUAUACCUUCAAUAUUGAACUAUAAUGAUGACAAAUGCAAUGAGAUAUUCUGCCAAAACCUACAUCAAUGCUGCAUUUGUCUAAGUGAAUAUGCAGGCACCAAGUUUGUAAGAUUGCCAUGUAAGCAUUUCUUUUGUCGCAAUUGCAUGGAGACAUAUUCAACCAUGCAUGCAAAGGAAAGUGUGGCAAUACUAUGUCCACAAGUAAAAUGUGGGGAACUAGUUCCACCUGGUCUGGUUAGAAGCUUGAUUGGGGAUGAAAAAUUUGAACACUGGGAGUCAAAAUUGUUUCAUGUGACACUUGAUUCAAUGUCUGAUUUAGUCUAUUGCCCUAGGUGUGAAAUGGCUUGUUUAGAGGACGAUGACCACCUCGCCCAGUGUCCCAGGUGCUUCUUUUCCUCCUGUUGUCUUUGUAGAGAUCGAUUUCAUGUUGGAGUUCAAUGUACGACACCAGAAGAGAAGCUUAAGUUUUUGCAGAUAGGCAAUCGUCAGCAUUUUACUAAACUAAUGGCUCAGCAAAAGCAGAAAGAGCUGGACAUGAUAAAUCAGCUUCGUAGUAUGGAGGAAAUAAUGCGUAUAUCUAAGCAAUGUCCUAAUUGCAUGAUGGCAAUCUCUCGAACUGAAGGUUGUAACCACAUGCAUUGCUCAAAUUGUGAGCACGACUUCUGUUAUAAAUGUGGGGAGGAAUAUGACAUGGGUAAAUAUAGCUGCAAAAAUUGUGUCCUUUUCGAUGAGGAGACCAUUCGUCGGUGGGAAGCUGAGAUGACACCACGACAGACAGGACUAUUGCGUCAGGAGCGGCAGAUACUAAAUGAGGUACGAGCUGAGGAUCCAGCAAACCAUCCUAGCUCAUGUCCAAUUUGCCGACAAAUGAAUACAAAGGUAGAGAAUAACAACCACAUAUUCUGCUGGUCUUGCGAAAAGCAUUAUUGCUACUUGUGCCGAAAGAUUGUCAAACGAGGCUCCCAACACUACGGACCCAAGGGUUGCAAACAACACUCAGCUGGAUGA